AUGGAUCCUUUUCCCUUAAACUCUCCCGGGUUUGUGAACCUUCUUACUUCUCAUAGCUGUCCCCCAAUAGAUUUAGGACGUUUUGAGGUUGCAAAAGCUCCGGAAAGGCGGAAGUGGAGCACGAAAGAAGACUUGGUGCUGAUCAGUGCUUGGUUGAACACCAGCAAGGAUCCAAUCAUUAGCAAUGAGCAGAAGGUGGACCAUUUUUGGAAGCGCAUAGAGGAGUAUGUGAACGCAAGCCCUCUGCUCGUUGGCUCCCUCCCUAGGGAGUGGAGUCAAUGUAAGCAGAGGUGGGGAAGGGUAAACGAACAAGUCUGCAAGUUUGUGGGUUGUCAUGAAGCUGCUUUGAAGCAGCAUGCGAGUGGUGAAAAUGAGAAUGAUGUCAUGAAGGUGGCCCAUGACAUCUUUUCUAAUGACUACAAUGCAAAGUUCUCCCUUGAACAUUGUUGGAGGGAGCUCCGUUUUGAUCAAAAAUGGAGAUCACACUCUUCCUCGCGUGAUGGUGCAAAGGAGAAAAGGAAGGAGCCAGGAGAGGAGGUAGCUGGCGAGGAAGAAGUCAGGCCUCCGGGUGUGAAGGCUAGCAAAGCAGCCAAACGGAAGAAGCACGUCAAUGAAGCCGCCUUUGAUCAGAUUGAGAGCAUUUUAGCGGAGAAAAAGAACAUCUCCCGCCAGAAACUCCUUGAUAGGUCAUGGGUUCCUGGAGGAGGAUGUGUGUGGACGUGGAUGGUUGUAGGUCUCGCUUGCUUUAUGUAUGAUGGUAAUGUUGUUGCUUGUACUAGUAGGUUAUGUCACGGGAGAGUGUAG